CCUCAUAUCUCCAACAUGGCGUCCGGAGUUAAGAUGAACGACAAGUGCGUCGAAACUUUUAAUAAGCUGAAGAAGAAUCACACAUUACAAUACUGUUUAUUCAAGCUCAGUGGAGACGGGUUUAAAGAAGUUAUCGUUGAGAAAGAAAAAACGAUUGAUUGUGAGGAUAAAAAGAAAUUCUUUGAGAAUUUUGUUAGGUGUAUCAAAGAGGAUUAUAGUGAGAAGUGCCUGUACGGUGCUGUCGAUUUCGCCGGUCGUAAGGACAAAGAAGGGAAAACGAUAGAAAAAGUAAUUUUCAUAUCAUGGGUACCUAAUGAUGCAAAGAUGAAAGAAAAAAUGGUGCAUGCCGCCACUUUGAAUGCUGUUACUCAAACUCUUUCAGUCAGCGAUGCACUUCAAUUAUUUGACAAGGAAGAACUGGAUGAAAUGUGUAUCUGCGAGAAGAUGAAGAUCGCUCUUGAUUUGGAUCAGUGUUCAGACGAACAAUGUAUAGUACAACAAAUGCAUUGACAUUACAAACAGGCCAAACAAUCUGUUAUGAUUGUCAUGCUUUGCUGAUGUCAACAUUGGAAGUUGUAUUUUAUACUGGAUUGAUGCUAUUGGCUGUUAUACAUUAUGUAUAUUGAUACACAUUAUAAACUCGGAGAAGACAAAGCUAAAGGUUAUAUCUUCUAAACAUAUAUAUGUAGCAUUAUAAUAUAUCAUUUACCAAUUAUGGUAACUGUUUACCUUUCUUGUAUACCUGAUGAAGCUAACAUUUGUUGCUAGACAAAUUGUCAUGUUUUCUUGAUCUUGAAUAAUUUUAAGCAGUGAUGAUGAUGAUUGGAACAUUUAUACUGGAAGAGCAACAUAACUGCAAACAGUUAAAGGUGGGAUCAAUAUAUAAAAUGGUGGGGGGUGUACAAUUCUGUAAUUUCACAACCUAGCUCCAACAGGAUUGGAAUGCCCUGCUUCUGAAGCAUAUAAGUUACAGGCUUAUAACAUAUGUUGAACAUGCAAUACUCUUCUAUGAAUAGCUAGAGCAUAGCUGUGUUCACUGUAUCUGUGAACUGAAGUAAAAGUUUCGAUUAAUAAUUUUUACUGACAAUUAUGAAUAAAUAUAUUUAUCAUCUGCUGUUUCAAAGAAAUUGAAGUUGAUUAUCAUUUUUUUUAUUUUAUCACAAUAUGAUGCGAAAGGCAUAUUUAAAAGACUAGGUGUAUUGAAACUGCCACCACAAACAAAGGAUCAUUUCUACAGGCAGUAAUGGAACAGAGUAUCCUUACAUUAUGUCAUUCAACUUCAAAAGAUGUGUAAACGAGCAUCACUAUAGACAAUUGUUUGCAAGAUUAAGUCUAGGUGUAUUAUAAAUCACUGAGUUUAGAUAUUCUUGUCUUUCUACUCUAGUUAUAAUUCAACACAAAAUUAAAAUGCACAGUAUGGCUGUAAAUGAUUUCGAGAUGAACAAUUUCUGUUUGUAAUUAUUCAACCACAGACCUUUUCCCGAUCACUAGCCAAAAAAAGUAAAUGCUUUUUGGUAUUUUUUUGUGCAUACAAGCAAGAGUCGUAGAAAAAUCUAUCAAUAAGUCUUAAAGUUGAAUAAGCUGAAUAGAUACAAGUGCCCUACUUACAGAACUGUACACCCCUUGUUGAUUUGCUGUCUUUCUUAAAAAAUAUUCAAUCAUUCUGUGAAUAGUAAAUGAACUAUCGUGAAACACAUGUUGUAUUCAAGAAUAAAAGAUGCUAACUGGAAAA